UCCCAAGAAGAUUCCUGCAUCACAUUCAGGCCAAUGGUUUUAUGAAGAAAAGCCACAUAAAGCAGGCUUGCUCCUUGAAGAUGGUCCUUUUCUUCAGGAAAAUGUACGCAAAGCAGUUAGUGACUUCUGCAACUGGGUUGCUACUCUUGGAAUUUCGAGCCUUGAUGAAGAGCUUGUCCUGAAACAGUUUGACAUUAAUGAUCAGAGCAAACCAAGGAGCAAUGUGCUCCGCAGCCUGAGGCUGGACCAGGUUCCUCAGGAGCUCAAGUACAGUGUGGGUCCAAGUGCACUGCAGAAGCCGGAAUUCUUCCGGAAACCAGACUAUGACAGGAAGCCUCAGAAACCACAGAAUCCUGAUAAGCCGAAGGGGGUGAAGAUGAGAUAUGGAGCAUGGUAUCUGGACACCAAGUUGUGGAAAAAGCAGAGCACAGAUGACCUACUGGUUGACCCUAAGGUCUCAUGUAACACUCAAGAAGAGAAUUUUCAGGAGGAGCUGCAGAAACAGGAAGAGUUCCUUGCAGACCUUCAUGGAACAGUUGCCUUUAAGGACUUCAUCCUACGCAGGGGCUACAGGAUGCCGAGUGUGAAUAAAGGGUCAUCUUUGAAAACCCUGCCGAGGGGCUUCGUAGCUCACAGUUGCUGAUGGGAAGGGGUCAGGAUGAGAAAACCCAAUGCUUCUCUAUCUGGUACACACCAGGCCUCAGGCCCCGGGAUAAAGGGACUGAGAGACAGGAGGUGGCAUUUCACCCUUUCUAUUCUGCUUGCUUGGUCUCUGCUACUGUCAGAGGUCCUGUUUUCCUGUGAUACUUGAUUCAGCCUUCUUGGGUUUGGCCUCAAUGGGACCAGAAGUGAAUGGGGUCUAUGUUCAGGGCCUACGCCUUGCAAAUUUUGACUGUAACUAAGACACUGAAUUCUCUAGGAGGUCUUCAAUCUCCUUUUUUUCUUCUUCUAAGGACAAAGGACUUCAGCCAGGACAAGAUAGAGUUGGGAGUUGCAAUUUUGUCAUUGUAUUAUUACCUCUGCCUCAAGUGGAGAUAGAUGAGGGCAAAAGUUCACUUACUGGGAAGACUGCCAGUGCCGUCUUUUUCUCCUUUUCUGCCUUCUAAUUUCCCCUCCCUUAGCUUGUGAAGGCGUCCCCAGCUGCCAUUCCAUGUGGGAUGAUCACUCCCUGGCAGAUCACUCAAAACCAGAGUGGGUAAGAGGUUAGCAGAAUGGACCAUUGAGCAGUAGGGCCUGGAGCCUGGGCUGUGUGGCAGCAGGUGAGCAGAGAAUCGAUUUGGGGUCAAAGCUAUCACUAAUAAUAAGUCCUGCAUUUGCCCAUGGUCCUCUGGGUGCACGCCUCUCCAGAGCUUUAGGGCACAGUGCAGCCUAGAUGGUCAUAAGUUUCCGGAAAUGGGAUAUUAUAUUUUUGUUUUUCCAAGAGCAAUAAAGCUAACGAUAGCUUAUACUUACUGGCAAAUAAAUGUAUUGACCAAACUCAGAGAUGGACUGCUUUCAAAGUCAAACCAGGCAAGUCUGGAGCAUGAGAUGGGUUGGUUAUAAAUCUCCAUUUCAGAAUGGGAUGGAGUAUUUCCUUUCACUUUGAAUGUUGAUAAUAGGCCUGCUAGAUAUAUUUAAUAUACUAAUAAAAAUGUAUGUACUUAUAAUAACUAUUGAAUCUGUAUAUAAGGUUUA